AUGCUGCUGGUGCUGUCGCGAUCUCCGAGGGCUUGGCUGCUUCGAGACAUGGUGCCCAACCUGGGCUCCUUAGCAGCAGCGGGUCAAGCUUGCAAGUCUUUGGCUCGCUUCACAUUCGGCCUGCCCACAUGCAGUCAAUGCCGCCGAGCUGCAAAGAAAGAGUUCCCGGUUCUGCUACGUCAGAGGCUUCAGCCUCGAGCAACAAGCUGGAGUGCCUCGCCAGCGUUCAGACGCCUUGCAGUUUGUUGGCAGCAGCGGCCCUUGGAUCUUGUUCGCUUCAACGAUUUGUGGCAUGCUGAGGCCAUUGUGCGCGAGCUCUACUGGCCGGAGGCGGGGCGACGCCAGCAGCGGUCCUUUCAGCACCUGCGCUUGUCGAGAUGGGUCGGCGUGGCCAUUCAGCGAACCACAUCCACAGAUGCCGGACAAGCUGUGAGCUGGUUAGAAGUCUUCAGGAGCGACCGUGGGCUGAGUUUGCACACGUUUGCACUGCAUGCGUUUGAUGUUUGCUUGGCCUUGGUGCUACUCAAUGUGUGCCUUUUGGCCAGGGCGGAUCCCGACGGGCUUUGUGACAGUGCCUCGCUUGCAAUUUGUCUAGUCGGAGCACGGCUGACCCGUGAGAAGGCCGUCAUACGUGCCUCCAGUCACAUUGGGGAGAAAUUUGAGACUGCCGAGCUGCUAAAUUUCGUCCAGCAGCCCACAACCGUUGUUUUCCUGCGUGUCUGCAUGGCGCUUUAA